GGCACAGUGUAGGGUUACAGUCCAUUUAUGGGCGCGGCAGAGGGCCCAUAUCAGUGUCCAUGGCAUUCGUUCCCAGCUAUUCUUAGGAGGCUCUGAGGAGCUCCACACAGCCUGGCCAGGCAGCAGGGGACGGAGCAGAGGCCGCCGCUGUCAGCACCAGCAUGUCCUACAGUGUGACCCUGACCGGGCCUGGGCCCUGGGGCUUCCGUCUGCAGGGCGGCAAGGACUUCAACAUGCCGCUCACUAUCUCCCGGAUCACGCCGGGCAGCAAGGCCGCCCAGUCCCAGCUCAGCCAGGGUGACCUCGUGGUGGCCAUUGACGGCGUCAACACAGACACCAUGACCCACCUGGAGGCCCAGAACAAGAUCAAGUCUGCCAGCUACAACCUGAGCCUCACGCUGCAGAAGUCGAAGCGGCCUAUUCCCAUCUCCACAACAGCACCUCCGAUCCAGUCCCCUCUGCCGGUGAUCCCACACCAGAAGGACCCUGCUCUGGACACGAACGGCACCCCAGGCACCCCGGAGCUCAGGCCGACCGUUAGCUCCUCCUGCUCCCAGCCCUCCGUCUUCUCCCCACACACGGGGUUCUCUGCGCUCGGCCCUCCACGGGGCAGCCCGGGGGCCACGCCCGGCCUGGAGGGGGCCCUGGACUCGCUCAGCCCGACAGCAGCGCGGGGCUCGAGCCGGCCCAGGCAGUACAACAACCCCAUUGGGCUGUACUCCGCACAGACCCUGAGGGAGAUGGCUCAGACGUAUCAGCUGAGCCUCCGAGGGAAGGCCUCGGGUGCUGCGCUCCCAGGAGGGAGCCUUCCUAUUAAAGACCUGGCCGUGGACAGCGCCUCUCCCGUGUACCAGGCUGUGAUCAAGAACCAGAACAAGCCAGAGGACGAGGCCGAUGAGUGGGCCCGCCGCUCCUCCAACCUGCAGUCGCGUUCCUUCCGCAUCCUGGCCCAGAUGACAGGCACGGAAUUCAUGCAAGACCCUGACGAGGAAGCUUUGAGAAGGUCAAGCACGCCUAUUGAGCAUGCUCCAGUGUGCACCAGCCAGGCCGCCACCCCGCUGCCGCCUGCUUCUGCCCAGCCGCCUGCCGCUGCCUCUCCCAGCACAGCCUCGCCGCCCCCGGCCACGGCCGCUGCCCACACUGCCACCGCCUCUGCCACAGCCCCUGCCUCAAGCCCCGCGGACAGUCCAAGGCCCCAGGCCUCGGCCUACAGUCCGGCCGCAGCAAGCUCUUCGGCACCUGCCACCCAUACAUACAGUGAGGCCCCAGCUGCCCCUGCACCCAAGCCCCGGGUUGUCACCACUGCCAGCAUCCGGCCUUCUGUCUACCAGCCAGUGCCUGCGGCUACCUACAGCCCUUCCCCGGGGGCCAAUUACAGCCCGACUCCCUAUACCCCCUCUCCUGCCCCUGCCUACACCCCCUCACCUGCCCCCACUUACUCCUCCUCUCCGGCCCCAGCCUAUACCCCCUCGCCUGCCCCAAGCUAUAACCCUGCCCCCUCGGCCACCUACAGCGGGGGCCCUUCGGAGUCUGCCAGCCGCCCCCCGUGGGUGACAGACGACAGCUUCUCGCAGAAGUUUGCCCCUGGCAAGAGCACCACCUCCAUCAGCAAGCAGACCCUCCCCCGAGGGGCCCCUGCCUACACCCCGACGACGGGCCCCCAAGUGUCCCCCCUUGCCAGGGGCACCGUCCAGAGGGCCGAGCGCUUCCCAGCCAGCAGCCGGACUCCGCUCUGUGGCCACUGCAACAGCAUCAUCCGGGGCCCCUUUCUGGUAGCCAUGGGCCGCUCCUGGCACCCGGAAGAGUUCACCUGUGCCUACUGCAAGACCUCCCUGGCGGACGUGUGCUUUGUGGAGGAGCAGAACAACGUUUACUGCGAGCGGUGUUAUGAGCAGUUUUUUGCCCCAAUCUGUGCCAAGUGCAACACCAAAAUCAUGGGGGAAGUGAUGCACGCCCUGAGACAGACGUGGCACACCACCUGCUUCGUCUGUGCAGCCUGCAAGAAGCCCUUCGGGAACAGCCUCUUCCACAUGGAAGACGGGGAGCCCUACUGCGAGAAGGACUACAUCAAUCUAUUCAGCACCAAGUGUCAUGGCUGCGAUUUCCCUGUGGAGGCCGGUGACAAGUUUAUCGAAGCUCUGGGACACACCUGGCAUGACACCUGCUUCAUUUGCGCAGUCUGCCACGUGAAUCUGGAGGGGCAGCCGUUCUACUCCAAGAAAGACAAACCGCUGUGCAAGAAGCACGCGCACGCCAUCCACGUGUAGGGAGCCCAGGGCGUCGGAUGCGGACAGGCUGCGAGCUGCUCCUGCUGCUGGCAACAAAGGAUUCAAGGAGGCUGGUGUUUCUUUUGAGGGGAAAGAGGGAAGACAGGAAGCGACGGAGCCCUUUUGAAGUAUAAUUUUAGUCCUUUCUUCUGCACUCAGAUCAUGUAUUUGCAUAGUUCAGACUAGGAGCCAAAUGAAGAUUCCUAAACCAAGCUAGUAAUUAAUCCAAGACUGGAAUUGUACUUCAAAUGUUAAAGGACAGGAAUCCAAGAACGCAAAAGUGAAAAACGAAAAGUCACUUUCCCGAAGGCGGACACUUCCCUGAGGUCCCCGGAGCAGAGACGGAGCUCAGAGCAGUUGUGGAGAAUCUGGAGCGUCUGCGGAGUUCUUUCGAGCUCCUCUGGCAAACAAGCCAAGUGCCAACAGUCCUGGCUGCGGGGUAUUUUUAGAGCCAUAGCUGAGAGCUGGUUAGCUAAGACCGAUUGGGCUUUCCUCACCAAAAAAGGAAGUGUUAUUCCAUGACUAGCGUCAUGGCUACCUCUGCACAUCAGACUUCAGGCCUUGAACAGACUCGAACAUUCUAAAGGGAGCCCAGACAUCCAAAGAGAUGUCUUCCGGGAGCCGCUGGGCAAUUGAUGGGGCUUCGGGAAGGGCUGUGGCUCACACUGCAGAUGGUUGAGCCAAGACGGGCUCUUCCGUUACCCUCUUUCAGUCGGAAACAUUGCACUGUCCCCUGAAGGCUUCGCUCCUGUUGGAAUUGCGGUGCGAAAGUGGAAUUGGGUUUUUCCAGUUUUGCUUUGCUGUGUGUGAGAGGAGAUUUUUACGACGACUCUGGGUUGUGUUUGGCCUUUGUUUUGCUUUGUGAGGUGCGUUAGCAUGAGUGUCCCGUUUUGUGCAUGCAUUUCACUCCCAGGCCUAUGACUGCUCACUUAGCGAGUCUUCCUUAGCACCCCUUCCCCCAACAGGCUUGGUGACCUGUGGGAAAGAAGAGAGAGGCAGUGUCUGAGACAGGAUGGCAGAAUAAAUAAGUUGAGAACAUGCCCAAGCUCCGGGUGGGGAUGAAGAUUACUUUCUGCCAACCUGAGCAAGAACACAUGCGUUGGCAGGCCCUCCCACUCAGAUCUGCAGCAUCCUUCUCAUAUGUUCCUUUAAAUCCAGCACGAUUACGUACAAGUGUGUUGACUGCCGGAAGGAAAAGAUGGACUGAUAGACACUUAUUCGCCAUUUUGGCCAAUAUUUUGAGAAUGGGUGAGCUCAGUUGACUUAGCAAUUAUUUAAGUAUUUAUUGAAAUAGACUUGGGUCUUCAAACUUCUUUAAAAUAUUAGUGAUAGCCUGAGUUAAGUAAGCAUUUGAAAGCUGUUUGGUGAUAGAAGCUUAGUUCCAGAGGCUGGAGAUGGGGUCGUCUCCUUCCCUUGCAGGGAGCACGGUGGCGUGCUCAUGGAGCCUGGCCUUGAGGCAGGCUGUGGGCGGCUGCCUCCCACCUGAGCACAGCACUGGGCACUCUUCCCGUCCACUGCUCCUCUCUCCUCACUCCUGUUUCGGAUUUUCUCUUUGCACGUUUCACAUGUUUUACGGGAAUGCAUUAGAACACUUUUUCUUCUGAGAACUGAGGCUUCCAGGGCACUGCCAUUCUACUGAGUGCGUCCCUUCUCCCCGAGGGAGAAGGAAGCAGCUAGAUGGGUCCCUAGCAGGAGGCCCAUGUGUUUUUUCCAAGGGUGAAGCCACCACCAUCCUCGGGGAGUGCCAGACGCUUUACCUUUGGAGCAAUAAGGUGAACAUAAAGCACGAGGCAGCAAAGUCUGCUGGGAGUGCCUGGAGGUCUUCCAGGAGUAGCAAACAAGUAACUCAGAGCAUUCUGUUAUUUUUGGAAAGUUCAAAUAUACAGGGGACAAGGAGGUUGCUGACUAUACAGAAAGGCUCUAAGCAGAUCUUCACUAAAACCCCCCCCAAAACAACCAACUAUUAAAUUAAAUUAUCAGGGACUGGUUUUGAGGGAAGGAAAAAAAAGUCCCCUAAAGUUUCCAAAAUAUCUUUUAAAAGGAUUUACACACACACACAUACACACAAACACGUAUGAUCACUAAAAAGCGUACAGUCAGUAAAAGGAAAAGUGAAAUAUCUCAAAGGACAACCUCGUCACAGUCAUUUAUUGAAUCGGUGUUUCUACAUCUUAGUGUAGCUUGUGAGGCACUCUUAUUCACCAAAACGCAAAAUAAACAAAAAAAAUAUUUUCAAGGUAGCAAGGAGAGGAGGUAGUUUUGAAUACGGUUCCCUCGGUGUUUGUACGUUUGGCGUAGCGUCCGGGUUAAGGUUGUAUCCGUUUCAAGUUAAUACUGUGGAUGUCCUAUGACACCACACACAGUUUUUAAGCGUUCACGGUGGAGAAUACACUUUGGAUUUAUAGUUCUUGUCUCUUAAUUGUUGACAUUUAUUUAACAUUUACAAACAUUAACUUUUGGCAACUGAGUGACUUGUGUCUGCAGUGUUUGUGUUAGGAAUCUAGCUUUUAUAAUGUUAACUUUUCAACCAAGGUAUUCUUGCUUUGGGAUUUUUUUUUUAAAUUUUAAGAUUUCAUAAGUGGAAUGUAGUGUGUUAGAGGUGUGCACAAAAAUAUUUUGCAUGUCUUUUUUUUUUUUGGCCCGUGUGAAUUCUACUUUUUAAGCAAAAUAAAACCCCAAAAAGGAUGUGCACAUACAGAUAUUUCUGUGUAAAGUUUUUUCACGUGACACAAAACGUAGGUCAUUUCUAUGCGGCUGCAAAUAAAAGCAGGAGACAAAACAAAAUGCCCCAUGGAGAAGAAAUGCAACUCGCUCGUUCUGGUGGCUGUGUGGCCCAACGGUAGUUUAAUUGCCUUGUUUAAACAGACGAAGAUAUGUGAAUAAUACAAAUGUUUUGCAUACAAAGCGAAUUUACCAGGUAAAUAAACUGAAGACUAAGUUUUGCCUUUU